UUUGGUGUAAAACUCUCUUUAUUAUAUUCCAGGUUUUAAUGCUUUAUCCAUUCCGUCACUUUUCUUGUUACCCCAUGUGCUAAAAGCAAAUUCUCUUUUACUUACCCUUCCUUUCCUUUCUAUUCCUUCCAUUUCUCAAAUCAGACAUUUUGGCUUCUACUUUAGUAGUUUCUCAUACGAUUAGCAGCUAAAGCAAAUCUCUCUCUCUCUCUCUCUCUCUCUCUCUCUCUCUCUCUGUCUUUCUUUCUUCUGCUGUCCCAUUCUAAACAAAUACUGACUCAGAUGAAAAAUUAACAGUUUUUGAGCUGAUCUUGAGGAAAUUUUGGCCAUGAUCUUUUCCUUCUCAUAAAGUGUGAUAAAAGAUCAGAUUUCAGGAAACAAGUUCAGAAAAUAGCUGCCAUGAAGGAGUUUCCUUCUUGUUUUGGAGAAAAUGGUGUUCAGGUUGUAGAUUCCUCCUAUUCAAGUACAACAAGGGGAGCUCAAAAUGUUGUUACUUGUGUCUAUCGGUGUAAGUUAGGAGGCCGUUCGUUCUUGAUUACUGUCUCUUGGACCAAAUAUUUGAUGGGACAAGGGUUGAGUGUGGGAAUCGAUGAGUUGGGUAAUCAUUGUCUCUGCAAGGUUGAUAUAAAGCCAUGGUUGUUCUCAAAAAGAAAAGGGUCAAAGAAUUUGGAGGUUGAGUCUAGCAAAAUAGAUAUACUUUGGGACUUGAGCUGUGCUAAAUUUGGUUCCGGGCCUGAACCAUUGGAGGGAUUUUAUUUGGUUGUUGUGUUCAACCAAGAGAUGGUCUUACUCCUUGGGGAUCUGAAAAAGGAAGCAUGCAAGAAGAUUGACAGUGAUUAUGCUUGUGCUAACUCGGAAGCCGUUUUUAUUGCAAAGAGAGAGCACAUUUUUGGCAAGAAGUUUUAUGGUGCAAAGGCUCAGUUUUGUGACAAGGGCCAAGUGCAUGAUGUGAGAAUUGAGUGUGAUACACUUGGGCUUAAUGAUCCAUGCCUUGUGAUCCGAAUUGAUAGCAAGACGGUGAUGCAGGUGAAGCAACUCAAGUGGAAAUUCCGGGGCAAUCACACUAUUUUGGUGGAUGGCCUACCAGUGGAAGUGUUUUGGGAUGUACAUAAUUGGCUCUUUGGAAAUGCUCUGGGAAAUGCAGUCUUUAUGUUCCAAACUUGCAUUUCAACCGAGAAGAUGUUCUCAGGCCAAUCUGUUUCUGAUCCUUCUGUUCUCACAUGGGCUUACUCUCAGCAGUUCAGGGAUUCCCAGUUGCAAGGUCUUGGAUUCUCUCUCAUUUUGUAUGCUUGGAGAAAUGAGUAGUCAGUAUAGGAGUUAAGUUAUGAAAUCUUAUUCUUGAGUGCUAAACUGGUAUUGCCAGCCACACAGUUUUCAGCAAUCACGUGAUCAAAUUACAUGAAACUCAUAAACUCGUCUUUUUCUUUUUGCCUUAGUACUUUCUCUCUUUUUUUUUUUUUUCUUCUCUUUAAUUCAAUCGCACGUAUAUAUACAACUAGACCUCCAUAUUCCUUCCAUUAGAACUUCUGGAAUAAUCUUCUUGUGGUUUAUAAAUCUCUGAAUCAAUAUUCUUGCUGAAAUUGUUCAUUAGAUAUAUGGUUUACUGAGAGAUUAAAGGUGCGUAGAACAAAAGCUUUUUGGUGGUAUCACUGUUGUCGAGGAAUUUCUGCUAAUAAGGAAAAUAACAAGCACGGUAUAGAGAAGCUUUGAUUGACUUUCGCCUUGACUUUUAACUUAAACCCUAAGCUUCAAAUGUUUUCCAUUUUCAACGAUCACCCAGAAACAAAAGCACGAUUUUGACAGUUUUGAUGGACUUUCAGUUCCGACGUUUAACUUUAAACUCAGGCUUCAAAGUUUUUAUUUUGAUUUGCAUUUUCAACAACCACUUUAAAACAACAACACGACUCUUGACCUUUUGAACAGGACUAAGUUCUUGCUGAUAGCUUAACUUUCACAACCUGAAAGGAUAUUGGCCAAGUUUCCAUCAACCUUCUUAGAAUCUUUUUCUAUUCAUACCGGGGAGGAAAAGAAUGUGCCAAACUUAUUUUAUUCUCUCCAAAUGGUUAGGGUAAAUGUCCUAAACUGAACAUAUGUAUAUAUGUGUGUGCAUAUAUGACCAAGCUAUGAGCCUUUUUAACUCAUACAAAGGGAUAACUUUAAUUUCAGUGUUCUCUGUGUUUGUAAUUUUCAACUAUUUUGCUUGGAAAUUAUUUUGCCUUAGAAUUAAUUGAUGGCAUGAUACUGAAUGUUCAUGAUGGUGGACUCUGCAGCAGAUUGUUUCGCUAUUUUUUCCCAAUGAAAGCUUUCGUUAGAUAAACAUCUUCUGGACGACUUUUUGUACAAUACAAAAGCUAACAACACAUUUUUUAACGAUAACUACUGCUUCGUAGCUCUGACCGAAGCUUUUGAAAAUAUAAAUACUUCUUAGUUGUGACAGAAAGAUAUUUUCACAGAUUGUGGGAACAAUUCUCCAAUUCAAUUCAACCAAACCAAACCAUAUACGCAUGCGCGUCCAGUGUGAGAAGACAAGGUCAAAUAUUUAUUAUACAGAACGUUAGUUUUCAAGACUUGUACAUCACCCUGUUAUCUCCAAGCCAAUUGGCAGUAACACAACGACUACUCAGUAAUUGAAUGUACAAAUACAAGCAGAUAGACAGAG